GAAAGGAGCAAGAGUCAAUUUAUGGCCUACCUGAAGUUAGAACGUCUUCGAGUCUGUUGCCGUAGAGCGACUUGUAUUCAAAAUCCAUACUUUCCUACACUAUCUUCUUGUUCCUUGCUAGUACUUAUUUUUUUUGAUUUUAUAAACUACAACAACAGUUAACCAUGAGGACACUAGUUGUACAGCUACAGGUCGAGGAGGAGCAAAAAAUAUUUGAUGUGGCAGUUAAAUUUCCUUAUUCUUAUUGUCUGAGUAUCUACAAGAACUCCAUUCUUUGUGCCUGAAUAUCUUCGGUUUCGUUUCAGAAAAAAAUUUUCAUGAUCAUCAUGUCUUCGAAAUGAAGUUGUAGUUCCUACGCCUCGAGCGCAGCCAGCGGAAGCGGAACGUCAGCCUUGGUUGUACCUUGGGUGUCCUGAGAUGGCGCAACUUGUCUGGCAGCUCAAUAAACCUUGAGUAAAAAUGAAGCGCACUAGAAGCCACUUCUAGCUACAGAAGGUCGAAGUUGCUGCACGAGGCUGUGAAUGUUGCCGCACGUUCUUCAGUGCUUUGUGCAGUUCCUCCAGUGAAGAUCCUCCCGCGAGCAGUUGGUCGUAGCAAUGGACUAGUGCCUGAUGUUCCACGACCAGUUGUAGCUAUACUAAUGGUGUUGUAGGUUUUAGGUUGUCUAGGGUAGAUCUCGUUGCCUCAAGUUGGGCAUGCUACAUGAUUGGGGCAUUGAGCUUGAGGACUUGUUCUACGAGGAGGUCAGCUGCACCAGGAUGAGCAAGGACGCUGUAAUGGACACUGUAGAGCCGGGUGUUGAUGUAACGACUUUUCACGAGGACCAGCGAACGAUAAGGAGGAGUUUUCAAUUGUGCUCGACAUAGACGCUAAAACGAUCUUCAGAAGUUGUCUCUCGUACUAAGCCACGCUCAAGAACAACAGCUGUUGACAACCAGAACAAGAUCAAGAGUAUCAGCUUCUCUUUGACGACGGGCGAUAACUCUCUUCAACGACGGACGACAAGAACGAUCUAUAAUUUGACACUUGUCCACCUUCUUGGAGUCUCUUUCCUCCUCUUCACGAUCACAAACACGACCUCGACGAUGGGCGGUUUUGAUCAAGGAGGUCCUCCGAAAGGUAAGUUUGGAGAAAAAGGUGCCUUCGGGAAGGGCGAAGGCAAGGACCACAAAGGAGGAAAGGAUGGAGAGGGAAAAGGCGAUGGCAAGGAUCACAAGGGAGGAGCAAAAGGACUGCUUAGCAGCAAUUAUGUUAUGUUGAAGGAAAGAUGAUCAUGAUUGUUGUUGAUCAGGAAAGUGGAAUAUAUCAUGGAUGAAUUCUUUUUUAGUACAAGUACAUGAGACUAUAAUAUGAACAAAUGGUUUUUUGAGAUAAUGUCGGACGACACGGCACGCAGAUUCCAACUUUUUUUCUCCUGAAAAGUCAUAUUCUUUGCAUCUUCCCGACUGUAGUAACCUAUGAGGGCUACUCCUCAUAGUACUGCCCAUUGGUUUCUAGGAAAGACCGUAGUGGAGCACAUGAAUGAUACUCUUCUUGAUCUAGCUACGAAGGUUCAGUGUUGUCGCUGAACGGGCUCAAUACUGUUAGAUAGGACGGGCACAGAAGUGUCAUGACAUGACAUUACUCUGUAGCUUGUCCUACUGACACUUUGAUUCUUUCCUUACUCACACUUCCAUUCUUCCUUACACUUCCAUUCUUCUAAUACAAGAGUUCGCGGGACGCACUUUCGACGGAAAGCGUUGGAUUUAAACGCUGGAGUGGUUCGAUUUUUGGAGACGUGGAACUUGGCAGGUUGCUCUUCAUCUUUAGUUUAUGGUUUGUAAAUAUAGUCCUAGACGACCUAGUCCUCAGUAGUCAUACAACUUCAAUAUUUUUGAAGUUAAGUAGAAGUAGUAUCGAUUUUGUGAUCGUGAUAUGAGAGUGGGGGUGGUAGUUGUUCAUUUUUUUCCUGUAGUGUGAGUGUAAGUCUAUGUGUGACUGAGUCGGGCUGGCAAAUCUUCAUGCAGAACUCUCCGUAGGAUUACGUCUCUCUCUCUGUCUUUUCCUCUCUUCACUCCGAGUCCGACCCGCACGACAUCUUCCCGUCGUUGUCUGUAGUGCAAAAUUCGUUUCCUCUAAUCACUAAAUCGCCUUACGCCACAUACAAGUGGAGCUAGAGAAAUGCUUUUGCCGCACUUGAUGCCUUCGAGCGACACCUUGAAAGGCGUAGCAGGAAUAUGCAGUCGUCAAGCGUAUACUUUUUUUGUAAGAAAAAGGAAACAGUUUCUGUUGCUCUUGCUGAAAAAAGGCAUUAAAUAUAAGUUGUUAUUGUUUCGGUUGAUAUCCUCGUUUUUCGUGUAUGUGUAUCAUCAACUUUUCGGAAAAAUAGUACAUUUAUACUUUUUACUGUUAAACUUACAACAUAAACUCUACUUGUGCAACAACAAAUAGUUCUUGUCAACACUUCACUCCACCACGAGGACAAACCUAGUAAACCUUUCAUCCACCUUAAUCCCUGUACAACAGUGUCGUCUGCUACAACAAGUCGAAGACCGCUGCGACUGCGGUUGCGUGGGCCCCUAGUGGAAGGAGGAUGUGUCUUGGGAAUCACAAUGGCGAAAUAUCACUCUGGAAUACAGGACAUGCCUGUAAUUUCGAGAUUGUGCAACAGUCUCAUACUGGGAGCCUCCGAUUCGUAAAAUACGCCUUCAGCGGACAACUAGACGAGAUAUUGUUCACAGGUACAAAAGUAACAGCCUUGUGCCAAUAUGCACGUAGUUAGGUUUUAAAAGUUGAGCACUAAAAUGCCCAAAAUCGACACUGGCGACAUCCGUGACGAAGUGGCAGGCUCUACGCCGCCAAAGUGUAUAGCGGAAAACUCGGCGAGGCGGGGGAGAUAAGGGGCGCGGAAGGCCGCGGGGCUCUCAUGGCUUUCCUAAAAGCCACGGGCCUCCCGUAUUUUGGUACCGCUAAGGUAGUCUAGUGAGGCCAGCCCCAUAAACCUACAGCAAGCUCCUGGCAAGAUGUCGGACACUCUCGCUGACAUCCUCCGCGGCAUGGACCUGAGGGACCCUUCGAGCACUGGCGCGCCUGCCUUCCCUCAGUGGUGUCGGUCUGGGCGCUGGUCAGAAGCUGCCGGGUGGAGUCACGGGCGGGGACUUGGCUCCUGCCGCUAAGGACUUCGCGCAUGGCGCCGCUUCGGUGCUGAAGUACUUCGACCCGGGCCUGAGCUUGGGCAACCGCAUCCCCGAGCAGGCGAAGCGCGUCGGCAUCGGUGUCGUCUCGGCGCUGACGAUGAUGGAGAGCGGGCUCGGGCGAUGGUAGAGCGUAAGUCAGCUGAGGGGGGGCAUGGCGUGGGGGGCGGUUGACUGGUUUGCUCGAGAGGUAUGCUUUCAAGGCCGGCGACCUUUCGCAUCUGGAUCGGCGAGGCGGUGGAUAUCUGGUUUCGGGGCUGUCAUGCCGCGGCUGCCGUUCCUCGCUCCGGUAAUCGCAGGCGUGAGAGCCAAAGCACGCGCAGUUUCACUGCUGGCCACCAUCGAGGACGGCCCGCGAGGUUUGAAAUUGAAAAACGUUCUAUCGAACGACCUCGAGAUCAGCGCGAUUUGGCUGGCUUCUGGUGAGUAAUGCUGUGAAUUGCCUGGCGAACCCAGGUACCCGGAGGAAGGCCCAACUGAACUAGCCCACUGAACUAGCCCAACUAUACCAACCUAACGAAAGUGACCCGACUGAACUAACCCAACGAAGCCGAGCGGACUGGACUAACCUACCUACACUGACCUAGCGAAACUGGCCCAACGCAACUGGCUGAACUUGAUUAAUUCAACGAAACGAACCCAACUUCGCUACGCUAGCCUAACAAACUAAUCAGUUCGGCCCGCCUUUAUAAUCUGUGAGAGAAGGACAAGAAUUUAUGGGCGAUGUGCUGCAACUUCUUUGACGCGACUGGUUCACGGAAGGCUUGCUCUUACCAUCGUCUUCUCCUCCCUCUUCUCCACAUCCACAUCCACGGAACUAUGUAUCUCCUCAUCCACGGACUUUUAUUGUUCCUUAUUCACGAAUGGUUUUGCAAAACAAAACGAAAACAGGUGACCAAGCUGGUGUCUUGAAACUUUGGGAUAAGAACUUUUGUAAUACUGUGAGGCUAACGCCUCAUGACAACGUCGCUAUGCGCGAUUUGGCGGUGGCGCCUGGUCUGGAAAAGUUCUGCACUUGCGGAGACGAACCUACAGUAAAAAUCUGGGACUUCCGUACUCUAAAAGCGGAACGAACACUAUUGGGACAUGGGUACGAAUCAUCCUACAACUGUUCUUCGUAUUUUCAGGAAUUUUUAUUGCCUAGAAGUCCACCUCCUUUUGAUUUAACAAAAGUCGGAAAGAUAUGUCAUGAUCAUUAUCCAAAUCCAUCUUCUCGAUAAACUUAGAAAGCAAGCUGUUCUCCUCCGCGAACUCGAUUUCCCUUUCGUUCCACCACAGUUACGAUGUCCGUGCUCUUGAUUGGCAUCCGGUGAAAGCCCUCAUCGCAACAGGUUCAAAGGACAAUCAACUCAAGUUAUGGUGCUCGUUUAUAUAGUCCCCUCUUCGCAGAACCAGAAAUACGUCGUUGUUCCAGUUCUUGAGCUAGUCGACGGGGCAACUUUCUCUUCCCCCACCUCCACCCUGAUGAAUCCAUCAAGAUAAGGAUAACUAAGUCAUCUUCGACCCCAAGAACGUCUACGCACCCCAAGCCCAACGUCUACACCUCUACCCCUACGACCCGAUCUCCACGCAGCUCUAAUCCCUCUCUACGAUCCGCGACAAGAGACUGCGAUUGUAACAUUGUAUCACCACAAGAACUCCAUCGCCAAGAUGAAAUUUCAGCCAAAUGGCAUGUCCUUGGCCAGUGGAGGAAAGGAUCAGCUGAUUCAUAUUCUUGACAUCAGGACGAUGAAGAUCAAGAAGAGCUUGAAGGUUUUUAGACUUACUUUUUUUGGGGUUUUUAAACCUAUUUGUUGAAAGAUGCACUCUACUUGUGCCGGUUUUGUUAUGUAAGUACUUAGCUAGAUGAUCCUGGCUUGCUUUUGUUGGAUUUCAUUUGCCUGCUAGAUGACGGUCUUUGUUUAGGAUGAAUUUGUUGAAAAAUUCACGACUCUACUACUUCUGUUGGUCCGUCGUUCUUAGCGAGGCUAGUGUUAUUGUCAAGUAAUACGUCAACUAUACCUUAACCUUGUUGACUAAGAAUUUCAAUCUCGUCAUCAACAACGUUUUCAUCUCUCUUCAUUCCACAGGGCCACAAUCGCGAAGUAACAACAAUUGCUUGGCAUCCGAAGUAUGACAAUGUCAUAUCUAGCGGAGGCUUCGACCCGGCGAUCUAUCAUUGGGAUUUGUAUAAUUCCGUAAACUACCGAGACGAUGCAGGGAUUGUACAUCCGCAACAGGUAAUUGCUUUUUUGCACUGUGUUGAUGCAUGUUGAAUGAUGGUUGUUGAUGCUUCUAGAUCUUCUGGAUUUAAUGUGAAAACGUGGUCCGACAGAGGCAAAAAAUUCAAUUAUACUUGGUCGCGGCGACUGAGGAAUUGCUUUUUUGCUGUGUUGAUGCAUGUUGAAUGAUAGUUGUUGAUGCGGCGACUGAGGAAGUAAAACCACGAAUCAAUUCGGUGGUCACGAAGAUGAAAACCACAAAUGUACAUAACAGGUCGUCCGUCUCGGUCACGAAGGAGGAACAACCUGUCUGGAGUAUCAUCCUUUGGGCACUGCCUUAGCGUCUUGUGGUCGUGACGGGAAUGCGAAGAUCUGGGUGCGACUGCGACCGGGCGAAACAGCGGUUGAGGAUGCUACAGAGGCGUUGAUACGGAUGAACCAAGAACGCCACGAGAGUGGCAAAGGGAAGAAGGGAGGAAAAAAAGGUGGCAUCACCUGGAGCACACAGAAUAUCAAUCCAGAUGCAGCUUUUUUAUGACUAAAGAACAAACAAACUGAAACUUUCAUUUCUUGAAAAAAUGCUGUCUGCAUGACUUCUCAUGCUUGCUACCAUAUGCAUAUUAAGAGUUUGAGUUGUAGUUAGGGAUGAAUUUCAUAAGUCUUCUUGUCAAUGUACAACAUCGGAGCCGGCAACCGCAACAAUUCUUCCACUUCUAAUCUCUGCCAACAAGGAUGACGAGAAUAGACCCAAAGCGAAGAGAACCAUCAUCACCGACUCCGUUCUGCUAACGAAGGACACCUUAUCCGCAGUGCCAACCAUAGCAGGGAUGUUGGCGUCUACAGACCCAGCAGCUGACCACUUUAAAUCUGGCGGAGGUGCGGCAAACCCAUUUUUAAGGCAGUCAUGUUCAUACUCAUGUUGUAAGUUUAACUAGUUCUUGUUUCUCAAGAACUAUAUCUAUAUGGCGACGCUGUCUUGUUGUUUUAUUUGUAGCUAGGUAGAAGUGUAGCUCGUCUUCAAUCAGGUAAGUAGCCGGAAACGCUACGAAUCUCAAUCUUUCAAGAAGGCUAACUAAAACUAACAACCCACUGCUGUAGCUUUCGACUCUAACCUACGACGAAAUAGAUAACGACCUGGAAUUAGCUGAUUUCAAUCAGAUUUCCAGUAAGGCACCUCCCGCAGUACCCAAGACUACCAGCGCAGCCCUCACCUCGAAAGCCAGUAGCAUAUCCACGGCGGGUGUCAAGGAGGAACACGACGGAGAGAAUUUAUGGCAAAAGAGUAGUCUAGGUGACGCUGACGGUGACGCUGUAAUGUAUUGAAUUUCUAGUACAAUUUAGAUGAUUGCGACAAUUUAGAUAUUAUAUCAGAUAAAACAACCAUCAGAACUGCAAGCGACGUGAAAGCGAGAGGUGCUCUUCAGACAUCCUUGCUUUUGAAGAGACGGCCCUCGUGCUAUUGUUCACUUCGACUGAUUGCUUUUUCGUUCGUUCCCCCACAUCUUCUAACAGCACCUCCUACCACAACUACCGGCAAAGACGCGACAGCAUCUGGAGUGGUAAAACGCGAGUCUCCACACUCGUCACCGCGGCCUCCCCUCAGCGGCGCCAACGCAGCCAUGGUUUAUUCCGGUAAAGGGGGAAAAUAUGGUGGCAAGUACACGCCUGUUGAUCCCGACUUUGUGCCGGUGAACAGUGCGAUGGAACCAGGCGACUCCGUGAGCUAUCGCGCCCUCAAAAACGUCAAUCAGACCCGCAGUGCUGUGCCGCUGCUGCAUGGGAUGGGAGUGUUUUCAGAUAGCAAGAUGCUCAACCUGUCGACAAAUGCCUGCUCUACGUUGAUGGAAAAGAUCAAGUCUAAUCAAAGGGAACUAGCAAGCAGGAAGCGCGACUUUGCGACGGCAUUCCCAACACUAGACGAAAUGAGUGCGACAUUGGGUAGAAAGAAAACGCCGAGGCGAUAGAUGAUAGAGAUGAUGACUUAUUUUUCCUGUUGUUGAGGUUGACGCAUGUCGUGCAAGUUGUAAUGUUGUUCCCGUGAUGUUACCCAGCAUUAUCGCCCUCAUCUUCUCGAUACACGCACAUAGAUAGAAGUACACAUAUGAUCUUUCGUCCCCAGUAUUCCUUUCCGACUCCGCGACGCACGACACGCAAACGUGAUGUUUAUUCAUAGAUAUCAUGAGGUACUAGCCUCUCCUAGUAGCGCUUUGCGAAAGAACUACAUAAAAAGCAUAACACUCGACACACACAUCAUGACCCCAGGCCCUUGUGGAGAUGCUUCUACAAUUUGUUCUGUGCUACAGCGUGU